AGAAUGAACUAAAAUGGUUCUGCUUAUCUUCAUAUUCGUCUUAGCCCUGACAGGGGGAGUACAGUCAGAUUGUGAGAUAGGUCAACAUAUUGCGGAUCCAACAGAUUGCAGAUUGUUUCAUCACUGCGCUGUCAGCAGUGCUCCAAAGUCCUGUGGGUUUAUGAUGUUUAACCCGGUGAGGCAAGUAUGUGAUUGGCCAACCAAUGUUAUGCAGAUACGACCAGAGUGCAGGGAUGAAGAAGAGUUGAAGUUUGAUCAGUACACAGAUCUGUCCCGGUCAAGAACUGUUUCCAGACAAAAGGCUCUGCGAAUGCUUAGUUUACUGAGAGCUCCAAGUUCUUCUCGUUUAAACUCAAUCAAUAAACCACUAAGAGAGGAGGAUGGACAAUACAAACAAACUUAUUCAACUGCUAUCAAGCGAAAUAAAGACCAUGCUGAAAAGACCAAGUUUAAAACAAAUAGUCCUGAGCUGACUCUGUCAAGUGCUGAUGCUAUGAUAAGAGUGGGAUCUAAGGGGGUCAAUCUUUCUUCUCUUUCAAACAUUCUCAGUGAGAGAAUACAGAACCAAGUAAAAGCUAAACUGGACAGUUUAAAAGAAAAGCAAUUGCAAGAGAUAGUUCCCGAGAGUCAAGUGGAUAGCGCACCCUUCUUUGUAACACCCAAAACUCCAGUCCUUGCACAGGAUUCCCUUUUGCACCCCUCUACUCCCAAUCCAGUGUUUAGCUCCUUCCAUCAAUCCACUGGAGAUCCUCAAGGCCAAGAGCAGGCUCUCUCUAACUUCCCUUUAUCCAGUCAAACUGACAACAUCUCGUCCCAACCUCGUGCAACAUUACAAUUUGUUCCAGUGCAGCAAGUCCUUCCAACGCCUUCCUUCACUCCUGUAACUUUACCACUGCCGUCCUAUGACGAUCAAUGGAACGGAUAUAGCCGAGGGAAUCAGCUGUUUGGACCAACUCCUUCGCCAGUCUCAACCCUACUGAAGGGUCAUAAACUGAUCAAUGGAUUCAGAGUUCCUUUACAAGGAAGGUUUGAUACAUCAUCUGAAAGAGAACGAAUUUCUAGUAACAACAUUAAAGAAUCAGAGAUCGGUUCAGGGCUUCAUCAAUUUAAAGAAGAAACGAGAGAAAUGAAGUUCGAUGGUGAAGAGAAGCCGCUGAAAAGAUUAGCUUUCUCCAGAAAAAUCCGGAUAAACCCAAACAGAUUUAAUAAAAAUAACAGUUCGUCCAUCGGAAGACCGCGAGUUCUUAGAAGAAGAUUGUUAAAAAAUGACAGAAACAUAAUUUUAGAAUAUCGGAAUCAGCUGAGCAGAGAAGAUGAUAAAGAAAGAAACAGUAUGGAAUUCGGAGAGGAUUUUCCAAACCAAAUAGCUCCCUUCCCGUACAAUGCUAUUGCUGACUUGAUGCCUAUCGAUGAAGUAUCCACAACUACACAGCGAACCAGGGCUGGUACAGGUUUAGGAGGUGUUACACUUGCAGCCUCCCUUCGCAAUACAUUUUAUCCAGUUAAAGAACGUUCUGAAUUAUCUUUUGAGUCUGUGGCCAGACCUACAGAUGUCCCUUUAAGUCCAUGGCCUUAUGGAAACAGUGGGUUCUGGAGCCAACAAGCGCCAUUAAAAAACUCUCAGCUUAAACUUACUUCUGACACCAGAAGCAGCUCAGGGUUUGGAAGCAGCUCCGGGUAUGGAAGCAGCUCAGGAUUUGGAAGCAGCUCCGGGUAUGGAAGCAGCGCUGACCCGGAGAACAGUUCUGGAAUUGAACAAGAAAUAUCUCAAGAAGAAUACUCUACCCAGUUUUGGAGACAAAACCCUGAUGGCCGAUUCAAAGUUGAACGAAAUAAAGAAAACCCUGACAAAACAUCAGCAGAACAAGUUUAUCUUGAGUACUCUGCAAUCAACCGAGAUGAAGACGCCGGAGAAAAUAAGUUUAACACGGCAAGUGCGCAGAAUGCAGAAGACAAAGACGACGGAGGAAUUAAGUUGAAUGCAGUAAAUGCACAGAAUGUACAAAGCAAAGACGACGGAUCGUUACUUAAAAGAAUUCCAACUGUUAAAGAUUUUGACCGAAGUGUCAGCACUUCAAUUCAAGAGGUUAGUGUUUCCAGCAGUGUAAACGAGGCUUUGUAAAUAUACUUCAAAAACUACAAAGUUCUUCUGAGAUUGAAGUAGAAGGACAAUGAAAACUGAUUUCAU